CGCAAGUCCGUAGCCCUUCUGAAUCACCAAAUAAUCACCCGGAUCUCAUGGUCUUGUGAUCUUCAAUGGCGACUCACACUCUAGUCGCGAUCAUCAAAAACCCAGUAAACGAAGCCGAAUUUCUUCUCGUGAAACAGACCCCGCCUCCCAAAUUCAAUGACCCCGAGUACGAUUCCUUCGCCGAUUCCGACCUCUGGGACUUGCCGUACGCUCAUCUUCUUCCCCUUACGCCGACAUCGGCGGCUGAAGUUCCCUUCCAUGUCAACCGGUGUGAGUCGGACUCUUUCGAUUUCAGUAAAUUCGAUCUCAAUUCGGCUCUGAUUCAGGUUUUGGGAGAAUUAGGAUUUGUCGGCCCCACAAAGGUUGAGUGGAGAUUUCACAAGUGCGUGGAAGAGCCAGGAUUCGGACCAGGGUUGCCCACAGAGAUUGUCUAUAUCAUUGGGAUCUUGGGUUGUAGAAAUGAAAAUCUCAAUGAGCUUUCUAAGUGGAUGAACAUUGAGAGGUGCCGAAGCAUGCUUAUGGAAGUAAAGCCCGACGAGGACCGUAUAGGGCAAUUCGUCACUAUGGGUCUUCUCAAUUCUUCAACAGAAUCUGGAAAUUGUAAAUUCUCUCAAACUCUGAAUUUUCAGGAAUACCUUCCUGGUUUUACCCUUGUGCCAAUGGGGAGUAGAACAAGCAAACCUUUUCGCACCACAAAUUUAAUAGUGCUUGUGCCUGGAAAGAAUAUCGAUGGGUGCUCUGAUGAUAGCUUUGCUGCUCAUGGAGAAGCACUGAUAGUAGACCCGGGUUGCAAGUCUGCUUUGUACGAUGAGCUGAAGGAGAUUGUUUCUGCAUUGCCCAGAAAGCUGGUCGUGUUUGUAACCCAUCACCAUCAUGAUCAUGUUGAUGGUCUUUCUGUGGUCCAGAAAUGCAACCCCGAUGCAUCUCUUUUAGCGCACGAAAACACCAUGCACCGAAUCGAGAAAGGCGAUUGGUCUCUUGGGUAUGUUUCAGUAUCUGGGUCUGAGGAGAUAUGCAUUGGUGGUGAACGAUUGAAAAUCGUGUCAGCACCAGGGCAUACUGAUGGGCACUUGGCACUACUUCAUGUGAGUUCGAACACUUUGAUCGUGGGUGACCAUUGUGUUGGCCAAGGAAGUUCUGUUUUAGACAUUACUUCGGGUGGACAUAUGGGCGAUUACUUCCAGACAACCUACAAGUUUCUGAAGCUUUCACCUCAUGCCUUGAUUCCCAUGCACGGUAGAGUUAAUAUGUGGCCUAAACACAUGCUCUGUGGAUAUCUCAGGAACCGGAGAAAGAGAGAGUCGACAAUCUUGAAAGCAAUGGAGAAUGGAGCCAGAACACUGUUUGACAUAGUUGCUCAUACAUAUGCAGAUGUUGACCCUGGUUUCUGGAUUCAUGCUUCAUCCAAUGUAAGGCUUCAUGUGGAUCAUCUAGCCGAGCAGGAUAAGUUGCCCUACGACUUCUCAAUUCAUAAAUUUAAGAAGAGUUUCGGAUUGCAUUUUCUAUUGCGACUGUUAUGGACAUAUAUAUGCAGUACAUUGCCAAUAAAACUGCAGAGGAUGAGAAGUGCCUUUCUAUAUGGUGCUCUUGUUGCCGCCGUUGCUUGUCUGGUUGUGCUCUUGUCUAAAACAAAGUGGCACGGGUGAAGAAGCUAAGGAAUGCUUUUUUUUUUUGCCAGUACACAAUGUGCGAUGCCGUGUUUGGAUUUCCUUAUGGGUAAGCUUCACUCAUGUUGUACACUUGUAUGUGCAACUACAAAUACUGCAGUAAAACUAUGUACUAAUGGUUACUUCAAAUGGGAUGAAUAAAUAUCAUGUUUAGUUCCACCAAAUAUAGAGAGAGAGAGAGGGAGAAGGAAAUCUUACACCAAACAUUUGGUGUAAGAUUAUUACACAAAUUCAAUUGGGGCACCUACUUCAAAGUGAAGCACAGCGAACCCUAGGUGCGACGAUGACGGCAAUUGUAGUGCUACAAAGUGACGCACGGAAAACCCUAGGUGUGACGAACCCUAGGUGCGACAAUGGCAGUGCACAAGCAAGGUGAAAGCCAUCUCCUCCCUUCAAUCUGUGGAUGGAACAAGCAAGGUGAAGCAUUAAAGCAAGUGAAGGUGACCCCGUGGCAGCAGGUAAGUAGCACAUGAAUUGCUUCGGGUGGUAUUAACGGUAACGCUACGUUGUUUCAUAAUGAACACUACGCUAUUCG